GUCAGCUCCGCCUUCCGUCCUGGCGCGUCAUAUCCGUUUCCGCGUGCCGGAGGGAGGCCGAGGCGGGCAGGAUGAUCCCCCCGGUGGAAGUCUCGCCCCUGAUCAAGGUCACCAGGUACUCAGCAUUGCUACUUGGAAUGAUCUAUGGGAAGAAAAGAUAUGACUACUUGAAGCCUGUUGCUGCGGAGGAAAGAAGAAUAGAAGAGGAAGAGAAGAAGAAGCGUGAAGAAAUGGAACGCAUUGCAAAAGCUCUGGCAGAAGCUAGUGAAGAUACAAUUCUGAAAUAAAACCAUCUAGAUCAUCGGCUUUAUUAUCUGGAACCUCUGAAGUAGAUCAUCUUGUGUCAACCAUGAACUAUAACUGCACUAAUAAACCGUUUGUGAACUAGA